UAGAAUCUAUAUUGAUUGUAGCUUGCGCAUAAUAGGGAAUGGGGCUUCCAUAAUGCGAGAGUAAACUCUGUCGCAUGGUCUCCAAACUCUGACAUGGUUGCAAGUGGUAGUCUCGAUACUACUAUUAUCAUCUGGAGUGUGACGAAUCCAGCAAAACAUACUAUCAUCAAAAAUGCUCAUCCUCAAAGUCAAAUAACACGCUUGAUCUGGCUGGAUGAGGAAACAUUAAUCUCCGUCGGACAGGAUUGCAACACUAAAAUAUGGCGUAUAGAAAAGAUAUAAUUAAUUUUUGGAAGAAUUUAUUGCCACUUCUAAGGAAACUCAAUUUUGGAGACAUUUUAUUUAUUUCGUAGUCUAUGAAUAUUGUAUAUUAUUUUUUAAUACAAUUCUUGAUAUAUGAUUAAAAAAUUAUAUU